AGCACAUGACCCCUCAAAUCUAUACAUUUCUAGCAUAUGCAGUACUUUGUAGUGACUUUGAUUUUGGGGUUAAACUAGUCCAUAUGAUGCAAUAGUUGCUAUCUACCACUGAGGGGGCCAUGUACACACAAACAGAAGCAGGAAGAGAGUUACAGACAGUGAAGUCUAUUAACAUUAGGAAGUAGAGUCAUUCUGGCUGGUACCUUGGUACUUGACACACAUUUGUACUCAGGUACCAUAUAAUAUACCAGGCAGACUGAAACAAUAAACAUGGCUCUUCAUCUCUCCCUCCUCCUCCUCUUCCUCAUCCUCUACAGAGUCUCAGCAGUGAGGUAUGUGUCUGUGCAGACAGGAGGCUCCAUCACCAUCCCAUGUAGCUAUGAUCUGAAUCACAUCAACCAUGUGAAAUACUGGUGUAAAGGAUUACUUUGGCAUGGAUGUUCUUAUGUGGUACGCACUGACCAUCCUAAGAUCAGUGGUAAGGCCUCAAUCUCUGAUGACAUCAACAAGAGAAUCUUCACUAUGACCAUGACUAACCUGAAGUCACGGGACUCUGAGAAUUACAGGUGUGUUGUGGAGAUCAAUGGAGGACCAGAUAUCAGGAUACAAUGGUUCUACCUAUCUGUCACUCCAGGUACUGCAGAACUCUAUGUGGACCAACAGGAAGUGACUGGAGUAGAAGGAGGGAGUGUCACUGUCCGUUGUUACUCUAGUUACUCUGGAGAUAUAAAGUGGUGCAGGAUGGGUGGUGGUUGUAGAAGUGGGUAUUCUGUGCCAUUAAUGGGUAUCAGAACAGUCUUAACAGUGACUAUGAGUGGACUGAAGAUGGAGAACACUGACUGGUAUUGGUGUAGAGUGGGAGAACUAGGGAUGCCUGUUCACAUCACUGUCAGUCAACAAACUGCAACACAGAGAGAAAUUGGAAUAUUGACUAUGAAUGUGAUGUUGCUAUACAACCUGACUAUCUGGUAUACCAGUAAUUUCAUUGAUGCCAUUGUUGUUUUACAUCACAGCAAACCAAGCUCCAACCAAUCAACAACCCUCUGUCUCUCCAACUGCUGAGCCUGUUCAGAUUGACAACACAAGUCAAGGAGCUGAUGGGAACAUGGAGGACGUCCACCAGAGGUUAUUAUCACUCAUUCAGCUGUAUUAUCCCACAUAUUAUGGCAAUUGGCUGAUAAUAUGAACACAAAGAAGCGUUACAAUUUCAUCAUACACUA